GCACCCCACCCUAUUGCGUCGCUGCGGUAUGAUAAAAAAAACUUCGAGCUUAUCGCGAGAGUCCGUAAUUGCUUGUCACACCCUCUACAUCACAUUCUGAGUUCUUUACUUCCUUGUUAGACCUUAAUAUAUCCUGUUACCAUUUUACCCUCUACAUUGGCGCUCAAUGGCUUCCAAGCCGGUCGAGAGCAAGCUCUGGGGAGGCCGCUUCACGGGCGGCCUUGAUCCUCUGAUGACUAAAUACAACGAAUCUAUAUACUACGACCGUGCUUUCUACGCCCAAGAUAUCCGUGGCUCUAUCGCUUACGCCCGGGCAAAUACCAACACUGGCAUUCUUACCAAGGAUGAGUUCGCGGUCAUUGAGAAAGGGCUGUUGGAGAUUUUGAAAGAGUGGGAGAACGAUACGUUCGAGAUCAUACCAGGUGCAGAUGAGGAUAUACAUACUGCAAACGAGCGUCGAUUGGGAGAGAUCAUUGGCAAGGACAUUGCUGGGAAGCUGCACACUGGCCGGUCGCGUAAUGACCAGGUUGCUACUGAUAUGCGAUUAUGGCUCCGUGAUGAGCUGCGGGACCUCGAGAAGCACCUGAUUGAGCUACUCAAGGUCACUGGUAGUAGGGCAGAGGCCGAAGUUGAGCAUGUCAUGCCAGGUUACACCCAUCUACAGAGGGCUCAGCCUGUACGAUGGAGCCAUUGGAUGAUGUCUUAUGGCUUGUCAUUCUCAACAGACCUUGAAAGGCUUAGGGAAGUUAUCAAGAGAGUCAAUCGGUCUCCUUUAGGAUGCGGUGCUCUUGCUGGCAACCCGUUCCAGAUCGACAGAGUCGCAAUCGCAGAAGAACUCGGAUUUGAAGGUCUCCUAUACAACAGCUUGAGCGCAGUCGCAGAUCGAGAUUUCGUGGUCGAGACGAUGCAGUGGGCAGCUAUGCUCAUGCAACACCUCAGCAGGUGGAGUGAGGACCUCAUUGUGUACAGUACUGCGGAGUUUGGUUUCGUCAAGCUCAGCGAUGCAUACUCUACAGGCAGUUCGCUCAUGCCGCAAAAGAAGAACUGUGACUCUCUUGAGCUCAUUCGCGGCAAGACAGGCCGUAUUUUCGGACAGAUGACCGGGUUGAUGAUGACCAUAAAAGGCCUCCCGUCUACUUAUAACAAAGACCUCCAAGAGAGCGUCGAGCCUAUGUUUGAUUGCAUCAAGACAGUAUCCGACAGCAUCCAAAUAGCGACUGGUGUUCUCUCUACCCUUACCAUCUACCCUGAGAAGAUGCUUGCAGCACUCAGUCCCGACAUGCUCGCGACCGACCUGGCCGAGUACCUAGUCCGUAAGGGUGUGCCAUUCCGGUCUGCACAUCAUAUCUCAGGUCGGGUGGUGGCUCUUGCUGAGGAUGAGAAGAAACCUAUGGACGAGCUGUCUCUGCAGCAGAUACAGAGCGUGGAUGAGCGAUUUGGAGAUGACGUGACAGGCUGUUUCGACUACCAGCGAAGCGUGGAGUUGAAGAAUUCCAAGGGAGGUACGAGCAUCAGCGCGGUCAAGGAGCAGAUCCAGAUUUUGCUGCAAGUCAUUGGUUGAAAGAAGUCUUCUACGAGCGUUAAUUGGCGAGCGCGCAGUGUAUUUGGGAGAGAUUGAAGGGAAUGAAAUAGAAAAGUGUACUAAAUCGAUGUUGUAUUAUGGGAAAUAGAUAUGGAAUACCUACUGUAGUCAUCACGAAUACCAUUACCGCCGUGGCAGUACAUUAAUUU